GUUGUGGUGUGUUGCACCAUUUCUCCACUAAAAAGCGUUUUUGAAUGCAAUCGGUAAUGUUUAAGACAGUCGCCGGACGCCGAGUCUUGGGAGAUUCCAUUACCGCCAGCAUGAAACGGCGUCGUCUUCUUCCACUUUGCUAGGGUUUGCAGAAUGCACCAAUCACGCGAUUAGUCUUCAACUUCUCCUCUCGAAUUCGAUUCUCUAAUCCCUUACAAUGGCUACACUGAAGACUAUCUCAGCGGCACUGAACCUCAUCGACGCGAAGAAAGAGAAUCUGAAGAAAGCCUUCGAAGAUCUUCAAUCUCACUCUUCCCUUCUCUCUCCUCUCUCUCUCUCAUGGCCCGACCUUGAUUCACACUUCACCUCGCUCCACCAAUCCCUCAACCACCGCUUCAACCUUCUCCAAUCCCUCGAACAAUCACAUUCACAAUCCCAAACUAAAAUCCUAACCUUAACCCCAAUUCCCGACCCAGCAGACCAAACCCCCAAAGAGGCGAGCUUUUCAGCGAACCCUAACGCCCCAUCAUCGAACCGGAACGAUGGUUCAUCUGGGGUGUUCCCCAAAAACUACGUCGUUCCGGGCUCGGUUGUGCCUAGGUGUGAGUUAAGCGUUCUGUGCGAGAAAAUGGAUGGUGUGGGGUUGAGGAAUUACGUUGAUAACCAUUUUAAGGAUAGGAUUAGGGUUCAGGCGGAGCUUUCCGGUGCGCUUCGGUGUGCGCCAGACCCCGGUGAGAUGGUUCUAGAAGCGUUGGAAGGGUUUCAUGGGGAGGGUAACGGGUUGAAUGAUGGGGAAUUGAGGAAGAUGAGGAAGAGUUGCAUUAUCUUGUUGAAGCAAUUCAGGGUUGCAGCUUUGAGUGUAAGUGCUAAGGCCAGCGUGAAAGCCUUGAAUUUGGCUAUGGCGUGGAAAGAGAAGUUAAUGUCUGAUGAUGGCAAUGUGUUGGUGGCGUUGGGGUUUUUCCAUUUGGUUUCUGCCUUUGGUUUGGUUUCCGAAUUCAGCUUGGAUGAGUUUGUUGCCUUUUCAGUAGCUGCUGCCGUUAAUGAGGAGUUCCCGGAGCUGUGCCGGACCCUUGGAUUGACGGAUAGAGUUCCUGACAUUGUUCAGAAACUUAUAGCUCGAGGCAAACAUAUUCUUGCUGUCAAGUAUGUUUUUGAGUUCAAUCUUGCUGAUAAGAUUCCACCUGUUCCUAUAUUGAAAGCUUGUGUGGAUGAAUCUAAGAAACUUGCUGAACGACUUUCUGAGGAAGGAAAGUCACUGAUUGAGACUACAUCUAGAGAAAUUCAUGCUCUGAAAUCAGUGAUUAAGAUUAUUGAGAAUCAUAAGCUUGAAUCUGAAUACCCACGAGUUAUUCUUAAACAGCGUAUAGAGCAGUUGAAUAGGCAGAAGAAUAUGAAACGUACUGCACCAUUGCCUGCUGCAAAACCUCCCCAGCAUCAACAGCUCCAGCAACAACACCAGCAAAAGAGAAAUAUGCAGAAGCAGAAGCUGCAGCAAGGUGGGAUCAAGCGUCCUCGAACAUCUGUUCCAGUUGGUCCUGCAGCUGUCCUCAAAAACAUCAAUAAUGCCAAUUCAAUGGUACACCACUACCAAAAACCUCUUGUCCAUCCACCAGGUUUGUUUCCAGAGCAUCCAAAUCCAUACAUGAGCUCACCAGCCAUGCCAUUUGGCUUGGUGGCCACUACAUCAACCAUCCCUCCUUAUACAGGUUCUUCUUCUGGGCCUUAUGGUCUUGAUGGUGUCCCAACGGGUCCCAGUGGCAACCCCAAUCUAGGUGGUUCUCAUCUAAACUCGUUAGAGCCAGACGUUCCAUCUGGUUAUUAUGAUAGACCCUCAACUUAUGGUGGUAUUGGUCUGCAACAUUAUUACCAAGCUUCUUAUUAUCCUCAAUAGAUCAAUAUAUCCCUUCUCUUGUCAGUAUUGAAUCGGAGUGUUGGUAUUGGUCUGCAACAUUUCACCCUGAAAUAGCCCUUGACUGUUUGCUUAUCAAAAGCAUAGUUUGCUACUUGGCCUCAUUGACCAUUGAGUUUAGGACAGGAAAUAGAUUCAGUAAUCAAGAAUUGUGAGGGAUUGUUUGGUUUCACAAUUUUAAUUACUUGAAUCGCUUUGUAUAUAAUAAGAUUACUUCUAGGUUAAUCAUGGUCAUCAGUCUUCACAUCCUCUCUGUCUAUAUAUAUCUUCCCCAAUCCCCAGGCAUUGUUGAAGACUUAAAGUAAGCAAUGAAACUUGGGAAGGAUUUGGUAUCUGGUAUUGAAUCUUUACGUAGUUGUAGUUUCUAGUGAGAAUGAUGACUUAUUAAACAACUCUACUUUUAUUCAGGAGUAUAUAUGUCUGACGAUAACAACCAAACUGUACCCCACUAGGUGGGUCUGUUAGGUGGAUCAAUCAUCGCUGGGUUUUAUCAAAUAUCAAAUUGUUUAGAAGCCAUAUAUAACUGUCUUUGUUAAAGGAUUCUCAUAAUGUGAUUGUAGGUCUUAUUCUACCUAUUGUAACCAAUUUUCUAUUUGUUCCAUGACUGAAAAGAUUCAACAAAAUUUUAUAUUAGCUGUUAACUAUAUAACACAACCCUCCUCUUUUAUC